AAUUCUGUCCGACAUUGUGAUCACACAAGCAAUCAACUAGAGAUUAUAAUAAGAUGGUUUUACUUUUAUCCAUCAAACUAGCUAUUUGAACCAUUGUAGGAUUGGUCCAAAAUAUGUUAAAUAAACUAUAAAAAGUUUGCCUAGUUUGACCAUAAAAUAUAUGUUUCUUAAGGAAUAGCAUGCUGACGACUUGCAUGACGAUCAUGUGUAUAUAAUCGACUGGUGCGUUUCUUUUGAUACUUUAUAGUACAUCGAUUAUAUACUUCCAGUAGUUUCAUAAACUAUAUAUUUAUAAUUCAGAUGCCUCACACGUGUACUGUUUAAAAUCACAAAACAUCUCAAAACCUCACUUUUGUUGUUAAUCACGAUUAGCAUAUGUUUAAGGCAUCGUAUCAACCAUAUUAACCACACAUUCGAUACAAUAAUGACUAUUUAAGUGGUCCCUAAUCCAUUCAUUGUCCUUAUUUUCCUCCCAUUUUCAGACCAAUGUACCAUUUAUAAAUUUGUAUAACGCGUAUUGCAUGCGUGUAACAGUCAAGUCGCCACAAACACUCAGAUUAGUAUUUAACUUAAUCUUGAUUUUGCUAAAGAUACUACUGUUAAUUAAAUAAUAGUACAACCAUAGGAGACCAAAGAGAAGAAGGCGAGAGAAGAAGUUGAAGUAAAACCAAAGUUUCAUGGGGACAAAUAAGAUAUGCAUGUUUCCUCCAAUGAUGUUAGUUCAUUUGGUAAGAUGAAACGCUAUUGGAAUUUGAUAAUCCCCUUUAUUAAUUAUAUUGAUUCUGUGUACUGUAUAUAAAUAUUAGUUAAUAAUUAUAUUGAUUCUGUGUACUGUUUAUAAAUACUAAUAAUUAUUUAGAUUUGUAUCUAUUUAUUCGCCUUAGGAACAAGUGUAGAAUAAAUAUUUUGUAACUUUGUUCCAACAUAAAUUAUGUUGGACUUAUACUCUGAUUAUAUCGAAAGUGAGAGACUGAGAGCUCUUUGGCUAGUGCAUCUGGAGCUGGUAGUGGCCGUUGAAAGUCAACCCGAACUCUUUGGUAAAAGGGUUACACAUUGGAGGCACCGUAGCUCUCGCAGCAUUUUAUUCAUUUUUUAUAUGAUCCCUUGUAAAAAUUACGAGUGCAGUAACUUAUUAAUAAAAGUAAUUAGUUAAGGAAAAGUUUGAUUUCAGACAAGUGGACACGAGUUAGAAAUGAUGUGGCGAAUGUCUAUUGCACCAGAAUCAACGUGAUCGGGAGUGGUGAGGUGGGCUCAAGCUUCCGACGAUAAAGCGAGACUGCUUUUUUUUUGCUUUCCUUUUGUUUCCUUCCAUCUUUAUAACUUCUCAGUUCUUCCCACUCCUACUAUGUUAUUUCCAUAAACAUAAUUAAAUCCCCAAUUGAAGAAGAAAGCAAUAAUGAGAAACUAUGGAUAAUGGAUUUAUGAAAAGAAGAUGUCAAGAGUUGAUGCCACGAAGCAAUUUAAAAAACAUACAAAUGAUAAAUAUUUCAGGUUCGUGUUUUCUAAUGAAAAAGGAUUGUGUUUCUUAUUGUUAUUAAUCUUAUGGACUGAAACAAUAUUUGAAUAACAUGUGAUUAUAUAAAACGGUGAAUAAUAAAAUUACUCCGUAUUGUCAUUGUGUAAGAUUACGAAAUAACAUCUAGUAGUAUAUCUUUCACCAUGGUUAUAUAGACGACAUUAUCCGUUUAAUUCACCAUGUUCUAUAUAGAAUUUUAUUUUAGGAAUGAUCAUAUCACAAAAUAAAAAUGUAAAAUAUUUAAGAUAUAGAGGUCAUGUUAGUAUUGUUUAAAUGAUUUAUUCCAAACAAAUAUUAAAACCAUAAUAUUAAACGGAUAAUGUCUAUAUAAACCAUGUAUUAUAUAUAUAUUAUCAGUGUCAUCCAAUCAUUUAUGCUAAUAUAUAUAGUCCAACGGCUUAAUUAGUCAAACAACUAACUCAGAAAUUGAUUUGGUAAGAUGUCCACAAAUCUUGGUCUACAAAGGUUUCGUAAGGCCAUUAAUAAAGUCAUAUAGAUUCCAUAAUUAGUUUAAUUUUCAUAUACUAUAUGGAAAGAAAUAUAUACAUCUAUGUAGCUUUGUAACUCUAACGUGGCACCAUAAAAUGAAAUAUGGAUGAUUAGUUUGCCGUCAAACCUAAAAGAUGAUUGGGUAAAAUGUGUUACACGUCCAUAACAUUAUGGCUCAAUUAUUUGAUGGAAGAUAGAGAUACAUAAUUACAUUGUAUAGAGACACUAAGAUCUUAGAAAUCCAAAGGGUGAGGGGACACUGGCAUGAGUUCCUUCGUGGGGUUUGGCUUUAUAAAUUUCACUCUUUCUAUCUGUCUCUUUCCCUCUUAGAAUUUUCUGAAAUUCUCUAGAAUUUGAUAUCAGCCUUAGAAUAAUAGUAAACAUGUCACAUAAUCGUUUUCUUUAAAAUAAAUUACGAGUGGAGCAAAAAAAUUUGAAGUGCAAUGAGUUUUCGUCAAGAAACCGUUUGCACAAUAAGAAGUCACAAAUAAAAACGACAAAUUUCUUAUUUCGUUUUGAAAGAAUUAAAAUAUAUGACGCUUAAUUACUAUCUAAUAUUUUGAAAUAAUCUUAACACUAUAUUCCACUCGCACAAACCCAUUACAAAUUGAGCAUUUCAAAUAACAAUGGCAUUAAAAAUCCUGAUAAUGCCUUUUUUUAGAAUUGAUAAUGGCAAUAUUUGCAUGCACUAAUGUUAAUAUAUAUAUUUGCAUGCACUUAGUUAGAAAAAAUAAGCCAACAUACAUUACCAUUUAUAUAUUUCAUAUGAUCAGUAGAAGAAGAAAAUGUACAAAUUCUACAAAGAGAAAUUACACCCAAUAUCUAAGAAAAAAACCAAAAUUCACUAUCUAACUAAAAUUCCACUCUCUCUCCUCUUUUCUCUUUCUAUCUCUCUCUUCUCUCUCUCUAAAAAUCUAAUUUCUUUUUUUUUUUUGGUUAUUCCCUAAAUAAGCCCUUCUACAAAAAUAACACACAAAUAAACAAGAUGUGUGGAAGCCUCAGUAUCUUCGCGUCUACAUAGUAACCACUCAAUGACAAAACAAAUACUUUUCUAGGGCUUCAAAGUAACUAUUUUUCUCCUUUUAUAGAUAGUCGAAAUAUGGUAAAAAGAGAUUUAAGACUUUAUGAUCAUACGAAGUGCCGUUUAUCUGAACUGUUAUCAAAGCCGUGACGUUCUCUCCGAUACAAAAUCAAUAUUUUAUAAUACUAGUUAAGCGUUUUUAUAAUAUCAAUAAAUUAUAAUACAAAUUAAAUACACACGUAAGAAUAUUUCGUUGGACCUGGAUCGUUUGCAUGGGGAUAUGAGCCGUACAUUGUGAGCUGUAUAAAGAAGAGUGCGAGAACUGAACAGAAGUUAACCAAACAAAUCCUGAGUUUAUUACAAAAAAAAAAAAAAAACUUUUUUCUUCUUCCUUCCGUAUUGUUUUUGAAGAAGUGAAUCUGGACGAAGCUUAAAUUCAUCAAAACAAAUAUAUCCAAAGAUCUUAUUUUUGAAUUCUUGCUUGUAUUUAAUUAAGCUUCUUGAUUCACCAAUAAAACGAGCUAUAUUUCAUUUCCUUUUCACAUUUUUCUCUUCCUCUUUUUCUUCGGGGUCAUUAAGACAUGAAGUUCUUCGGAUGGAUGCAGAACAAGCUACAUGGGAAACAAGGGAACACUCAUAGACCAAGCAUAUCUUCUGCUUCUUCUCAUCAACCAAGAGAGGAGUUCAGCGACUGGCCUCAAGGAUUACUUGCGAUUGGAACUUUCGGUAGUGUGGCCAAAGAGCAAACACAAAUACAAGUUGUUCAAGAAGUGAUUCAAGAGGAGAAUCCCUCUAACGUGCACGUGGAAGGUCAAGUUCAAGAUGAAGAUCAGGAUCUUUCUUUCUCCGGUGAUCUUGAAGAUUUUACUCCCGAGGAAGUUGGGAAACUGCAAAAGGAACUGACGAAGCUCUUGACAAGAAAGACCAAGAAAAGGAAGUCAGAUGUGAACAGAGAACUUGCGAAUCUUCCCCUGGAUAGAUUCUUGAAUUGUCCUUCGAGUCUUGAAGUCGACAGACGAAUCAGCAACGCGAUUUCUAGUGGUGGAUAUUCUAACGAGAACGAAGAAGACAUUGAACGUACCAUCAGUGUUAUCUUGGGAAGAUGCAAAGCUAUUUCUACAGAGAGUAGCAAUAAAAAGAAGAAGAGUAAGAGAGAUAUGAGCAAAACCUCUGUUUCUUAUCUUCUCAAGAAGAUGUUUGUUUGUUCAGGAGGGUUCUCUCCUCUUCCUAACCCUAGCUUGAGAGACACGUUUCAAGAAUCUAGAAUGGAAAAGUUACUGAGGGUGAUGCUACACAAGAAGAUUAAUGCUCAAGCUCCCUCGAAGGAAACAUCAACAAAAAGAUACGUGGAAGAUAAGCAACAGCUUGCACUAAAGAACGAGGAAGAAGAAGGAAGAAGUAGUGAUGGGAGCAAAUGGGUUAAAACAGAUUCUGAUUUCAUUGUUCUUGAGAUCUGAUCCCAUUUUCCAUUCUUCAUGUUACAGGUAGAGAAUCUCAGUGGUAUCAAGACAAAAAAAAAUUCAAAAAAGAAGUGAUCAAUCAACUUUCUUUUUCUUUCAGAUGACAGUUUUUGGGUAUCUAUUAGUAGAGGCUGUAGAGCCCAUGAGUUUCUUCUGUUUUUGCAUGUUUGAGUCCAUAAAAAACAAACAUGUUCUGGAAACUACAACAUUAGAAUACAGUACAUGAGAUUAUAUGGCUACAUGCAUGUAUGUAUAUAAACAGAGAAUUAUGUGUACAUGUACGUAGUUUUGUAUUUUUCUGGUGGAUAACCAUAGUUUAUGUAAAGACUUCCUUUUUGUCUUUCUUUACACUCUGUUCUGUUCUGUAAUUCUUCAGUCACUAUACACUACCAAAUUUGUAAUUUCUUACAAAACGUUAAUAUAUGCUAUAUUUUA